CAGUACACAAACCUAUGCAUGGCGCAUGCAUACACUGUGGGCGGAUCAGAUUUAUUAUACACAAAUUACGUCUAUUAGCUGGGGACUGCAAGCGAAGAGUGUUGUAGAAUUCCAUGACGCUUGUGAUUUAUCGGUUGACCAUUGCCGAACUAAACUCCACCUUUCGCUGUUUAUUACCGGAUCGUGAAGAGGAAUAUCUAUUUGUUGAAAUACUGGAUAUGUUCUUAAAAAACGUUGAGUUUUGACGAAAUGGCGGGGGAGGUUCGAUCGCGAAGCGAGAGGCUACUUGCACCAAGCAGUGCUCAUCGAAGCCGCGGUGAUCUCUCCGUGUGUUAUGUGUGUGGUGCACACAGAGCGAACUGUCAGCUGCGAAUUCGACCGUUUGCUAAUGAGCCUUUCUUUCCCUUUUUGGAGCAUCAUGAAGCCGCUCCUGGGAGUUAUAUCCACUCAGACGGUAUCGUAGAUUCAUGUCGUGUUUGUCAUGCUUUUCUCAUUCAACAGUGGGUUGCAUUUGACAAAAACAACACCCCAAUCCCGAAGCGGUUGUAUUGGUUAAAACGCGCCGACUCUGCCGGCCAGAUGCGCAAGCUCGACCCGCAAGUCAUCCCUCCACACCAUGCAGUCCCUAUUCGUGAGGAUUUGUAUUCGCGGCUGAAUUUUCGGAAUAUUCCAGGAUUAUCCACUCAAGAGGAUGUUGGACGUAACAAUGCCAAUGGUAUCAUUGAGCCAAUAUCCACAGUUUCCACUUCGGGUGUCAAUGGUGAUUCUACCAAACGUAGGCACAUCUUCAAUAGCUGGGACAUUGAGAUUCCCUCAGUUGCCAUUUGUUAUGGAUGUGGAGUCUCUGUACCUCAGCAAGCUGUUCGGGUUGUACACACCAGUCAUUGGUCAAAGUCAGAAUCGCCAUAUUUCCCUUGUAUUCUUGGCCAUCCAGCACCAAGUGAAGCUAAGCCAGUGGAUCAAUUUGGCCGUGUACUGAUGUGUGAAACCUGUUCUAAUUAUCUUCUUCGGCAGUGGCAAGCACAGGAGCUUGAAAAUGUUCCCCUCCAUGAAAGGGUGUACCACCUGAGAUCAUCUUCAGUGGGCAGUGCAACGGCAAGUGCCAGUGGGGAAGUAUCUACAUCACGUGAUACCUCAGGAACAACACACACUAAUUGUUAUCUCUGUGGAAUCGAUGUGAUGGUAGCAGACACUCAUAUCAUUCGAUCUCGGAAGUUCAACAGUGUUGAUCCUUUCUACCCUUUCUUGGAGAAACAUGUAGGUGCUUCUGGAGCCUGGCAUCUGAGUUCAGAUGGAGGUGCCAGAGUGUGUGGAGCAUGUAACACAGACCUUGAUGAACAGUGGAAUGCUCAUGAUGUCAUGGGAACCCCAAUGGACAAGCGUGUGUACCGGAUCCCAAAUCAGAGUGGAUCAAAGAAGAAUGCUCCGGCUGGCAGCCAUAAGUCUGAUGAAAAGGCAAGAGGAGACGAGAAAGUACGGAAGCAUAAGUAUGAGGUGUGUUACUUGUGCUCAGAUAUCACAAGUACUAUUGGAGCAAAGCCAGUAAGUACUGGACCACAGUCAAAGGAAGAAGAGGAUGGUGAUGGAGGAGAAGAUGUGAUGAACUUUCCCUUUCUCCUGAAGGUGAAAAGACCGCACAAAGCACGGAAGGUAGACAAAGCUGGUAAUGUCCUUGUAUGCAUCCCAUGCUAUGAUCACCUUGAUCAACAAUGGAAAGAAUUCCAGGAGCAAAACAUUCCACACGAAGAGCGACAGUACCUGGUGAGACCUCGGAAAACAGAAGACUUAUCCAAACAGGUGACCUAUUCCAACAGACCUUCAAGCCCUACUGUGGACAGCAGUAAGCAUGAUCCUGUUUGUUUUCUGUGUGGCAUGCUGUGCAAGCCAAGAGACCACUACAGGCUCCACUCUUUCCCCAGACGAAGCCAACAAGACCAGCAAGAAAGCAUCCCUUUCUUUCCCUUCCUCAUGAAACACACCCCUGCCCCAAAUGCCACUCCUGUAAAUUCUGAUGGGGUAGCAUCUGUCUGCAAGUACUGCUACGUCAAUCUCAACACCCAGUGGCACGACUAUGAAAAAUCAUCAGACUUUGCAGAUGGUAAUAGAUGGCUACGGGGAUACAAUGUAAAUGGGUUUGUCUGUUUUGUCUGUGCACAGAAUGUUAAGAGAGAGGACAUUCGCAAAGUUAGCGUCAAGGAGUAUCCCUGUCUCCUUCGCCAUGAGAGACCUCAAGGUGGCAUUAUCUUGGAGGAUAAUAGCCUGGUCAUCACCUGCCCAACGUGUGAUGUUUCCUUGUACACCCAGAAAGCUGCCUUUGAUCAUCUUGAGGUUCCUGAGGACAAGAGGGCUUACCAACUCACGCAUUCUGUAGCAUCUGCAAAUGAAGGAAAGGAGGUAGGUUUUUGAUUGUUUGAAAGUUGUAUUGAUGCUUUGAUGACAUUGUCUUGUCAAUAACUUUUACUCUGACACGUUUAAUAAAUAUUUUUUUUAUUAUAGGUACAAAACUGUUUCAAAGGACACUGACCAGACCUGGUACUGAC